UGACUUCCUGACUACGUAUCCAGCAUUCGACUCCUCCAGCCUGUUUACUCGCGGCGCAUUGGCUUCCCCUGCGUUCACCAUGUCGACCACCACCGCGACGGCGAUCCAAAGCUCGCGCCCCCCCAUCAUCCCCAAAGACUUCUCCGCGCAACAACCCAAAACAAUCCGCCUGUACCCCCUCUCCAACUACACAUUCGGCACCAAGGAAACCCAACCGGAGGAGGAUCCGUCCGUGCUGGCGCGUCUAAAACGUCUCGAGGAGCACUACGACCUACAUGGCAUGAGACGCACCUGCGAGGGCGUCCUCGUCUGCCACGAACACAACCAUCCUCAUGUGUUGAUGCUGCAGAUUGCCAACGCGUUUUUCAAGCUUCCCGGUGACUACCUCAACUUCGAAGACGACGAAGUCGAGGGCUUCAAGAAACGGCUCAAUGAGCGUCUCGCGCCCGUCGGCUCGCAGUUCUCGGGCGAAGGCGUGAACGAAGACUGGGAGAUUGGGGACACGUUGGCGCAAUGGUGGAGGCCGAACUUUGAGACGUUCAUGUACCCGUUCCUGCCGGGACAUGUAACUCGGCCGAAGGAGUGCAAGAAGUUGUAUUUCAUUCAGUUGCCGAAGAAGAAGGUCCUCUCCGUCCCGAAGAACAUGAAGCUCCUCGCCGUCCCACUCUUCGAACUAUACGACAACACGGCCCGGUAUGGCCCGCAGCUCUCGGCCAUCCCGCACUUGCUGUCGAGAUACAACUUUGAGUUCGUCGAUGAGAACGACAACGUGGUUGCCGCGACGCCGGGCACGCCCUUGCCGGAUCAUCAGAUCCCCCGGACGAAGGUGCUGGCCGGGGACAGCGGUGACGGACAGGAUGAGGGGAUGACGGAUUACCCAUCUGGAGAGGGCGAGAAUGGGGCUAGUGCGUAGUUGAGAGUAAUGCCAUGUCUUGAACUCAACCGGCAUGAGCUGUUAUUCCGAUUAUUCCCCGAUGAAGGAUGGCAGUGAUGAGACAGUUCACCUGGCCGGAUUGGAUCUGACCCCUGCUGAUCAGCUCGGGCAUUUUUCCUUUUCCGUGGGUUGCUUCUCUCUCUCUUUCUUUCUUUUUUCCUUUUUUUUUUUUUUUUUUUUUUUUUUUUUUUUUUUUUUUUU